AUGCCGACGGCGACGGAGUCGAAGGGCGUAACCCACCGGACGCUGGAGGUGAACGGCAUCAAGAUCCACGUGGCCGAGGCCGGCGACGGCUCCGCGGGCGGCACGGUGCUGUUCCUGCACGGCUUCCUGGAGCUCUGGCACUCGUGGCAGCACCCGCUGAUGUCGCUCUCGUCGCGGGGCUACCGCUGCCUGGCCCCGGACCUCCGAGGCUACGGCGACUCGUCGGCGCCGCCGUCCCCGUCCUCGUACACCAUCUUCCACCUCGUGGGCGACGUGGUGGGCGUCCUCGACGCGCUCUCCCUGGCUCGGGUGUUCGUGGUCGGCCAGGGCUGGGGCGCGCUCCUGGCGUGGCACCUCGCCACGGUCCGCCCCGACCGGGUCCGCGCACUCGUCAACAUGAGCGGCGCCUUCAUACCGCGCAACCCCAGCGUGCGCCCGCUCCAGGCGUUACGGCGGCUCUUCGGCGACGGCUACUACCUGCUGCGGCUGCAGGAGCCCGGAGCCAUGGAGGCGGAGUUCGCGCGGAUGGACACCAGGUUCAUCUUCAGGAAGCUCCUCACCACCCGCGAGACGGGCGCCAUCUCACUGUCGCCGGAGUGGUGGGGGCCGCAGGACCAGGACAUCCCACUGCCGCCAUGGCUCACGAAGGAGUUCGUACACGUCCUCGCCGCCAAGUUCGACGAGACAGGGUUCGCCGGCGCCAUGAACUCCUUCCGCUGCCUCGACCUCAACUGGGAGCUGACGGCGCCAUGGACAGGGGCUAAGGUGACCGUGCCGACCAAGUACAUCGCUGGGGAGGACGCCAUGUCGUACAACCGGGUGAAGGAGUACAUACACAAGGGCGGGCUCAAGCGCGACGUGCCGGGACUGGAGGAGGUGGCGGUGAUCGCCGGCGCUGGGCACUACGUCCACCUCGAGAAGGCGGAGGAGGUGACGGAGCACAUCUACGAAUUCAUCAAAAAGUUCUGA